UAUACUUUGUUAUUAUUUGGAAAUUCACGCUUUUACUUGUGCAACAGACGCUACUGAGUUAUGUUAAAUAUCGGGAAAUAAUAUUAUAUAUAACGUGUACUUAAAGAAUGAAGUUAUUGAGAGUGAGGAUCACAGUAAACAACUAUGUCUUCGUGCGGUUGUACGAAUCCGUUGAAUUAUGGACCUUAUUUGGCGAAUAAUUGCGGUGGAAAUAGUUUUGUAUUGUUUAUGGCUCUAGUAGAUGCGAUUGUAAGGAAUACUUGCGAUAUAGGCGACGUUUGCGGACGAGUACAUGCGUGGAAACAACCUCGAGAUGAAUAUGAUUAUAUAGUUAUUGGAGGAGGAACUGGUGGAUCAGCUGUUACUGGAAGAUUGGCAGAAAAUAAAACACACAAAGUUUUACUUAUUGAAGCUGGUCCCGACGAGCCGGAAACAUAUCAAGUACCUGGUUUAAUCCUAUCCUAUUUUACUAAUCCACUACUCGAUUGGAAUUAUAGAACCACGGAUGAACCAGUCGCUUGCCAAGGAACUAACGGCAGUUGCCUUUGGCUCAGAGCUAAAAUGUUGGGAGGAUGUUCUGUAAUGAAUGGUAUGAUGUUUAUAGUAGGUAUUCCACCAGAUUUUGAUAAGAGAUGGAAGGGAGAAGGAAAUCCUGGAUGGGGUUGGGAUGACGUACUACCAUUUUUCAAAAAAUUCGAAAACAAUUUGCAGAUAAAACUGUACAGUCCCAGAUACCAUGGAGUAAAAGGUCCCGUGACAAUUUCCACCCAAUAUUAUGUACCUGCUUUGGCGGAAGCGGUGAUUCAGGGAGCUAAGGAGGCAGGUUUUCCCAUAACACAAGAUUUAAAUGGGGAAAACUAUCUUGGUUUUGCUAUUCCUCAAUCUUACAUCGAAGACGGUGUCCGUGUCAGUAUGGCCAAAGCUUAUCUGAGACCUCAGAGGCUUAACAAUAACUUAAAUGUUAUGUUAAACUCAACUGCUACUAGAAUCUUGAUAAACAAACAGAAAAAAGCUUACGCGGUUCAGUUCAUCUACAACAAUACUACUUAUACCGUUAGAGCUCGAAAAGAAAUCAUUUUGGCUGCUGGUACAAUCAACUCACCGAAGAUUCUGCUACAAUCCGGUGUAGGACCUAAAGACGCUUUAGAUAAAGUUGGAAUCGAACAAAUUCACAAUUUACCUGGAGUAGGUAAUAAUUUAACCAAUCACGUUGCUUUCGGUCUUUCAUAUUGGAUUAACAGCACUGUGGAAUCUAAUAGCGUCACGUGGAAAACACUGACAGAUUACCUCAAUUCCAGAACGGGACCACUUGCUAGCUCAGGUUUACCAAUUACCGGAAGAAUAUAUACAAAAUACGCUACUCCAGAAGAUCCGGACAUUCAACUGUAUUUCCAAGUAUCCAGUCGCAAAUGUUCCAGAGCGGGUGAUCCCGAUGAAGAUGUCUAUCCCAAACAACCAAAAUCAAUCACAAUUAGCGCUGUUAAUUUACAUCCGAAGAGUCGUGGAAGGAUCACAUUAAAAUCCGCCGAUCCUUUAGAUCCACCCGUUAUGGUGGGUAACUAUUUGACGGUUAAAGAAGACGAAGACAGAGUAUUAGAUGGUAUAAGGCUCGUUCAGAGAUUAGUGAACAGUACAACUUUGAAGGAUACAUGGAAAUUUACUUACGCUGAUAAAGUUUAUGGAGAAUGUGCAGAUAAAUACAGCUUUAAUACUGAUGAAUAUUGGCGUUGCGCUAUUCGCCAUACCACUGACCCAGAAAAUCAUCAAGCCAGCACUCUUCGCAUGGGUCCAAUAUCCGACAAAUGGUCAGUAGUCGAUCAGAAAUUAAGAGUUAUUGGUAUUAAAAAUCUUAGAGUGGCAGAUGCUUCUGCAAUGCCUGUCGUAACAACUGGAAAUAUUAACGCAGCUAUUAUAAUGAUUGCAGAAAGGUGUGCCGACUUUAUCAAACAUAGUGAAAUCUAAAUUUAAUUUAGUCUUGAAUGAAACAGUUAUUUGAAAAA